AGAGAGAGAGAGCGAGUCCUAAUUUUGGAAUUGGAUUUUGGUGGCCCUUUGUCAAAAAGGGGUCUUCUUGUUUGGCAAUCUCUUUUGGGUAAUAAUCCUUUUGUGCUUAUUUCACUCCACCACACUGGUAUCAUUUUCUCUCCCCCUUUUAUUGCUUGUGCAUUUCUGAUUUUCUGAAGCUUCUGAAUUCAAAUUUUAUGUCUUUUUGGCCUUAUCAAUCGUGGGUAUAGCCAUUCAAGGUAUUCAGAUCAUACCCUUUUGAGAUUUUCUUUCUUUCUUGUAACUGUCUCAUUUCUUUCGGAUUUGGGUUUGCAUGCUUGGUUUGUUCAUAGAACAAGCCCCUGAUCUUGUGUAAAAAUCUUUUUUUUAUUAUUUUAUUAUUAUUUUGGGUGUCAUUUAUUUUGCAUGUUUGAGAUGAAGAUGAUAUAGUCUAUUGAUCCCGUUGUACAUUUGACAUGGAUGGUUGAAAUUGUCUGAUGGUGAUUAAAUUGAAAGAAUUCGUGUAUGUAUUGCAUUUUCUUUUCUUUUUUUUUUAAAUUGAUAAUCACGGUUAACAAUCCUAAAUUUUUUUCUGUUUGAUUCAUGGUUUGGCAUUUGUCUGGCUGAUUGUUAGGGCUGUGGAUCAAACUAUUGAGUUAUACAUGCUGUUGGAAUGUUCCCUAUAUUCAUAUGAAGUAUUUUUGUUUUGGAAUUAGGUUUCUUGGGUUUUUGUGAGGCUGUCCUGUAGUGGGAGCCAUGGCGGUUGAAAUUGAUGGAUUUGAUAUGGUUCAAGGGCCAGUGGAGAAUGGUGCUGAAGCAGACAAAUCUGUUUCGACUGAAAUUGGGAAACUGGAACAAGCUCAGGGAGAUGGAGAGGCCAUAAAAUUUGGGUCACAUGGAGAUGAAUCUGCUAAAGCAGAAGGAAAUGGUGUUUCAGAUUCCAAUGUCCCCAAAAAUGUUGUUGAAGAGUGGCCGGCGCCUCAGCAGACACAUUCUUUUUAUUUUGCCAGGUUCCGGUCCUAUGAAGAUCCCAACAUUAAAUCUAAAGUUGAUAAGCUGGAUAAAGAGAUAAACCAGAAAAAUAAAGAGCGGAUUCAGGUCAUCGAAGCUCUAAGGGCAAAACGGUCAGAACGAGCAGAGUUGAUUUCUCAAAUUAAGUCUCUAAGAGAUGAAAAUAGGCAAUUUCAGAGUGUUGUGGAUGUGAAAUUAAAGGAGAUUGAACCUUUGCAGCAGGCACUGGGCAAGCUGCGUACUGCUAACAAUGCAGGUCGGGGUGGAUUAUGCUCAUCUGAGGAGGAACUUAAUAAUAUAAUAUAUAGUUUGCAAUACCGCAUACAGCAUGAGAGCAUUCCAUUGUCUGAGGAAAAACAAAUCCUUCGAGAAAUCAAACAGCUCGAGGGGACGAGGGAGAAGGUUAUUGCUAAUGCUGCCAUGAGGGCCAAAGUACAGGAUUCUAUUGGGCAGAAAGAAGACAUUCAAGAUGCAGUUAAGCUUAUUGGUGGAAAUUUGGAUGAAAUGAAAAAAGAGAGACAAACAAUUCGGUCCAAAAUCAAGCAACUUGAUGAUGCACUGAAAGCCAUAGACAAGGAUAUCCAGUCUUUGCAGGAAGACCUGGCAGCUGUUACUCAGAAGAGGGAAAAAGCUUUUGAGAGCAUUCAGCAGCUAAGAAAACAGCGUGAUGAGGGGAACACCUAUUUCUACCAAAGUCGGACAGUUUUGAACAAGGCAUGGGAUCUUGCUCGAAAGAAAGAUAUUAAUGCUCUUGAGGAACUUUUACCAACAGAGGUUGAGAAAUUCAAUUCACUCUGGAGCAGUGACAAAGCCUUUAGGAAUGACUAUGAGAAAAGAAUUUUACCAUCAUUGGAUACUCGGCAAUUGAGUAGGGAUGGACGGAUGAGAAACCGAGAUGAAAAGCCACUGCUAGAAGAACCAAAACCCGCUGAAACUGAAACAUUACCAAAAAGCAGUGUAAAACAGCCAAAGGAGGAGUCUAAACCAUCUCCACAAGAAGCUCUGCCCACUCAGAAGGUUCAGAAAGAAACCAAAAACAAAGGAAGAGACUUGAAAUCUGAUCUGGGUAAUAAGGAUUUAGAAGAUGCUGAUGAAUAUGAAUUUGAACAGCCGCGAAAGGAAACUCCUACCAAAGAGCCUGCAAUUGAUCCAGCAAAGUUGAAAGAGAUGAAAAGACAAGAGGAAAUCGAAAAAGCAAAGCAGGCCUUGGAAAGGAAGAGGAAGUUAGCUGAGAAAGCUGCAGCCAAAGCAGCUAUCAGAGCACAAAAGGAAGCUGAGAAGAAGCUUAAGGUGAUUGAACGAGAGAAGAAAGCAAAGAAGGCUGCUGCUGUUCCCAAUCCUGAGGAACCAGCAAAUGAAGUGGCGGGGGAAGCUACCGAACAGGAAAAGCUUAACGAUACCAUCGAAGCCUCGGCUCCGGUGGUGAAGGAAAAGGUCAUAAAGGAGAGCAGCAUUAGGUCCAGGAAUCGAACCAAAGGCCCUGACUCGAUUCCGAAAGCUAUUCUUAAGAGGAAAAGGUCUAACAAUUACUGGGUUUGGGUUGCAUCCUGUGCUCUGUUAGUUCUGAUCUUGUUGGUUCUUGGAUACAUCUAUCUUCUCUGAAAAGCUUAGAUCUAGAAGGAGCUGGAAACCAAUUUUAUGUGGGAGUGGCUAGGUUUGCCAGAGUAAGUUUUUAUUUUUUAUGUUCUAUACAUCUUCUUGGGAGAAUGGAUCAAACAUACCAUGCAUGCUUAGCUCUUUUUGUGGUGAGAAGUUGCACAUUUAGUCUGACUGUAUUUUCAAAUUUUGUUAAGAUUUCAUGUUGCCGGAAGCUUGGAUUUGGUGUUUCUUUUUUAUUAUUUAUUUAUAGUUAAUUGG